AUGCGCCGGCGCUAUGAUUCCAAAUUUGGAUGUCUGGUCUUCGAUAAAAUCACCAACUACAUUGAGGUCGCUUCACAGUGGAACGAUAUUUCCGCGGCGAGAAAGGAAUAUCAUGAGAGGCAACUAACAAAGGAAGAGAGCACACAGGAACUUCAAGCCUGUUAUAAAUUUCUGAAAUGCUCUUACUGGCUUACUGCAGACCGAUACCACUACAUCACUCCUGAGCUGGUCUCCCUAAUUGUCCGUAGCAUUGGAAAGGAUGGCGUAGACGACCACGUCCAUGACACACUAUCUUCUCUGCUCAGUCUACUGGCUAAAUCAUCUGUCGCCGUGCUUAAGACUGAAAGGCUUUCACACACCUGGGCGGAGCCCGAUUGGACUCCUGACAAGCCCAUCCUUCUGUCCGGCGUUCUCUCGGACUUCUUCUUUGAUCGUCUCCGUGAUCUUCCACUGGCAUACUUCUCAGAAAGUGCCAGUAAAGCGUUCCGGACUUGGUUCCAAUGGAUAUCGCACGUGAACGCGAAUGCAAUGAAGACUAGCGCGGUCUACUGGUCGGAGUACUGGUCCGCGUUACGUACUGGACUUUUGAGUGGUCUAGCUGAUCAGCGCAAGUAUUGUCUAGGUAUCUUACAGCAAUCGCUGAGCUUGUGCCAAAGAAGUUUCGAGGCAUCCGGUAUGGCAUUCAGCGUCGAUGAGAAACAGGCUACCAUGGAGCAAUAUCAAAAAUACUGCGCGUUGUUCGAAAUCAUUGUUCUGGAUCGAUACCCAAACCAAGUGCAGGCGUGUCUACCUGAACUUACAGCGUUGCUAGGAUCGACAUCAUUGAUCUCUCCGGAAUGGACAACGGCACUUCUAGCAGCUGCUCUCAACUCGCAGAUCCAGGAAGGUGUUAGGAAGCUCAUCGGAAACUGGUACCUAAACUAUGCCACCUCACAACCGGAAUCAUGCACUACCCACACAUCCUUCCUCGUAAAGGGUUUCCUCCCAUGGGUGACCCAGGGUAGUCUUUUCACUACAUCCUUUAUAUCGACUCGCACUUGGACCGUGUGUCCCCACGGAGAAGCUCUGGCAGAGGCCUUCGCUAAACUUGUCAUAGCAGCGAACGGAACAGCGCCCAAGUCUGAAGCAUACAGUCCGUACUCUCAUAACCGGCCAGUGGUCUCAGAGAAACAAGCCAUCAUCAGGGGAGCCCUGCAAUAUGUUACAGACACGGAAGGUAGGAUAUUCUCUCCCGCGGUCCUCUAUCUUCUAGAGGGGCUUCUCAAAGGCAUCGGCCACGGUGGUAUUCUCUUGGACAUCGCUGAAAUUAAUAUGAUUGUAUCGAUAUCCAGGAUGCCUGCUUUGCCGGAAAUCGCUGCCGAUCUGUGCCGCACUUAUUGUGUGGAACUUUGCGGUUAUCGCGGCCCACAGAUACUGGACGCAGAAUUUCUACCUGCUCAAGCCUUUCUCGACAAAGCGCUUGGGAACGUACAAGAGUGGACUGGUGAUGAAAUAGACACGCCCGCGGAAGCAGAUAUCAACUCGGAGAGGUUACCAUCCUUAAAGGCAUUCCUCGAGGAACUAGAUCGCUCACAGCAUAAGAUCAUCCAAAACGAAAAAUUCGUGCCUGGCUGUGCCCAGAUCACUUCGCUGCUGGAAAAUGGCACUACCCGCUCGUUCUUACCAGAUGAAGUAUUUCAGAUAUUAAAUGCAUUUUGGGAAGAGGCAGACAGACAAGACUAUUGCCGACCCGUUGCUAUCAGACUGGCCGCUCUGUUCUUCCACCCAACCAGCGUACAAAAUUGUCUCCGGCAGAAAGAAAACGAACCCGAGGCUGCGACCUCCCUGACAGCAUUACUAACGAGAGCGCUAACUUCUCUUCACCGAAUUGCAGAAGGUCGAACGUACCUUGUGUCGGCACUAGCAACAUCUCUACGCAGAGCUAUGUUCCUGCAUCCGGGCAUACUGAACGUAAUACCUUCGGAAGAAUUCUUUGUUCGCUUCAUCGAGAAUCCUCCUGUGCCCAAGAAGGAAUUCCUCUUUGAAGUAGCAGCUGCGCAAAAGCUCCAAGAACAUCUACCCCGUCUAAACCACGGAAAGCCUGUCCCAAAACGGGACUAUGAAGCAUACUAUGGACAGCGCGAAUGGUUUGGAUACGCAGCAGUCAUCGAUUCGCUCAACCGUAUCCCAGAAAAUCAAGUGGACGUCGCAAAACAGGUGAUGAAGCGCCUGUUGGAACCCUGGAGAACGCAGAAAGCACCCAUACCGAUCAUCAGCAAGUCAAAGAAUGUCCUCCAACUGCAAAUCAUGCUGUUAUUGACAGAGUCAUGCGUAAGCGAAGAGGACGCUGACUGGUAUCUGGACUCCUUCAUGCACGCCUUAGUCCUCGAACCGUGGCCUCGGUAUCGAUACUUGCUGGACUGGAUCAUUACCCGCAUCUACUUCCGCUUCCCGAGCAAAGCAGGUCGUAUACUGGACGACCUUGCUAAUCUAGAUGACAACAGCCCCGUGCAUAUUUCAAGUCUCAUGAAGCUCGCCCUCCUCGCAGCCCCAUUCCUAGACUCGGACGAGUUCGCGCUGAGGCUCAUGGUCCAGCUCAUUCCCUUUUCUGCUAGCCCAAAGAUUCAGAUUAGGCAUGAGGCACACUGGUCUUUCCCAACGCUUUUCGAUCUCGCGGAAGAGAGGAAGUGGACGUCCAUUACAGGAAAUCCAGCCUUUGUCGCAUUAGAUAGGCACGUGCGCAGUCUCGACAAGUUCAAUGCUCCUCCCUCCACUAUUCGCACAUUGAGGCUAGACGCUGUGAAUGACUUUACACUCACCAACAUCUUCCAAGGUCGUUACCUUAGGAUCGAGACCCCUGAUAUGGAGUACGUUGCACACGAAGACUUCGUCUCGCUCACUGAUUCCGACACUUCCUGGACAUUGCAAUCCUGCGCUUCACCACCACGCGUUCCCCUAGGAGAACCGCUACCCACCACCGCCCUCACACCAGUCAUUCCAGUCUGGAAAAAACAAACCGGACGAGACCCAACCUUAACCCCAACAACAGAAUCCACACCCACAUUCCACCAAACCAAAUCCGGCUUCGACAUCGCCUCGCUCCUCCCCUCAGCUGGCCCACCAAGCGCUCAACAAACCCGCCCCGCUUCCGUCAUCCUCAUCGCCUCUCUAAUAGACAACCCCACCAACCUCGGCGGCCUCUCCCGCAUCUCCGAGUCCUUUGGCCUCGAAGCCCUCUACAUCGACGACCUCAAGAAAACGGCACACAAAGACUUCAAAGCUACCUCCGUAACGAGCGAGAAGCACUUCCCAAUCAGGGAGCUUAAGAUUCCUUCCAUCCCUUCCUUCGUAACCGAGAAGAAAAGAGAGGGGUAUGAAGUCGUGGGUAUCGAGCAAACAGAUAGGUCCGGUAUGCUUGGGGAAGAAGGAGAUGGGGGAAAGGGGCUGGGCACGCUGCCGCGGAAAUGCGUACUAGUGCUGGGAGCCGAGAGGAGCGGGAUAACGGCAGAGGUGUUGGCGGUUGUGGAUCGGUGUGUAGAGAUAAAAACGGUCGGGGUGACGAGGAGUUUGAAUGUGCAGACGGCGGGAGGGAUUGCAGUGUACGAAUGGUGGAGGGAGUGGGGUGGGAAGGUAUGA